AUGUAUCUAUCGUUAUAUCUGACUCUCUCUAUAUCAUCUGUCUAUCGAUCUAUCUAUUUGCGUCUUUUUUUUCUAUCUAUCUAUCUAUCUAUCUAUCUAUCUAUCUAUCUAUCUUUUAUCUAUCUAUCUCAAUCCUUUUCAUUAUCUAUCCUCAAUCUUUUUCAUCUAUCUAUCGUUAUAUCUAUCUAUCUCUCUCAGUCUGUCUAUCGAUCAAUCUAUUUGCGUCUUUUCAUAUCUAUCUAUCUAUCUAUCUAUCUAUCUUUCUAUCUAUCUAUCUAUCUAUCUAUCUCCUUUUCAUUUUCCAAUCUAGCUAGCUCAAUCCUUUUCAUGUAUAUAUCGUUAUAUCUGACUCUCUCUCAGUCUGUCUAUCGAUCUAUCUAUUUGCGUCUUUUUCAUAUCUAUCUAUCUAUCUAUCUAUCUAUCUAUCUAUCUAUCUUUUCAUUUUCCAAUCUAGCUAGCUCAAUCCUUUUCAUGUAUCUAUCGUUAUAUCUGACUCUCUCUCAGUCUGUCUAUCGAUUUAUCUAUUUGCGUCUUUUUCAUAUCUAUCUAUCUAUCUAUCUAUCUAUCUAUCUAUCUAUCUAUCUAUCUUUUCAUUUUCCAAUCUAG